CGUCUUUUAUAAAGUUAUAAAAGAGAACAGUAUUUUUUUGUGAUAUUUGUCCAAAAGUUGAUUAGAUAUUGAGGCGUUUUAAUUACGUUCGCUAUGCAUUCCGGUGAAUUAUUCGUUUCGUAACACAUUCUCUCGAUUUUUUCCUCACUUGAGUGCUCUCUUAUUAGAAAACACUGCAUUAGUGAAAGAGUGACUGGUGCAAAAAAUCGUAAUAACACAAAAUUGUGUGAUAAGAGUCCAGCAAGGUAAUUUCCAAAGCCAUUAAAAAUGCAAGUUAUUCACAUAAUUCCGCACUUUUUUAGAUUAGCUGAAGGAAGUAGAUAACUGUUAUCAGCAGCACACUUUUCCUUAACCCAUUAAACAGUUUCAAACUUUCGAGGCAUUUAUUCACCCCUAACGUUGCCACCCCUGUUUUUUGACAUUGCGCAAAAACGUCUCCCAUAUGUCACGCUUAAACGUCAAACUUUUUAUUUAUAAUGUGACUGUUUAUGGCCACUUGUAACAUCACGACGAUGUUCCUGUGAAAGUACUUAAUUUUUGGGCCCCAAAUCCUACAAUGUCGGGAGUGUUCGGCUACAGCCGCGAGGCUGUCCGUGUCAAAGUCAAGAAAUACGAGGGGGCGCAACCCCCAGAACUGCGCAAAUUUAGCGUGGACCCCCAAAUCACGUCGUUCGAAGUCUUGCAGAGCAUCCUAGCCAAGGCGUUUGAUCUCAAGGGGGAUUUUGCCAUUUGUUACCGGUUGUAUGAUGUGAGUGGGCAUGAGACGUACAUGCCGUUGUUGUCGGAUUGGGAUCUGGAUGCGGCGUUUCUGAAGGCCUAUAAUAUGUCAGUGGGGAACAGUACGGAGCCCUGUUUGUGUCUCCGUGUUGAUUUGAAACCGUUCGAAGAGUGUUCAGAUGACUGGGAACUUAAACAAAACCUCCCUAUUAUAACACAAAUUCGGACUUCUACGUGCCAGGAAGCCAAACCAUCGCCACGUCUUCAUGGCAUUUUUAAUCAAAUGGGCAAAACAUUUAAUUUGGUCCAGAGGGCGUUUUUGGGGGACGACGCCAAUGCCCCGCUACAGCCCCCACGGCCCCCUUUAUCCGACUCCGAAUUCCGCUCAUUCCUCGACCCUGUGGGGCAAAUUAUUUACGCCAAGGAGCUCAGAAACGUUAUUUAUUUUGGCGGAAUUGAUCCCAGUCUGAGGAAAGUCGUUUGGAAGCAUCUACUCAAUGUUUAUCCCGAGGGAAUGACAGGGCGGGAAAGAAUGGAUUAUAUCAAACGUAAAGCUGCAGAAUAUGUGACUUUGAGGGAGACCUGGAAGGCGGCUAUUGCUCAAGGACCAGUGGCUGGGGAAUUAGCUUAUACAACUGGAAUGGUCCGAAAGGAUGUCCUCAGGACUGACAGACAUCACCCUUUUUAUGCCGGGAGUGACGAUAAUCAAAAUAUCGCCUCGCUUUUUAAUAUUUUGACCACUUACGCCCUAAACCACCCCAAAGUGAGCUACUGCCAAGGCAUGAGUGACUUGGCCUCCCCUCUGUUGGUAACAAUGAAUGACGAAGCCCAUGCCUACAUUUGUUUUUGUGCUCUUAUGCAACGUCUCAGCACGAAUUUCAUGAUUGAUGGAAUCGCAAUGACUCAAAAAUUUACUCAUCUAGCUGAAGGUUUAAUGUAUUACGACCCGGAAUUUUACAAUUAUUUAAAAUUGCAUCAGGCCGAUGAUCUUUUGUUUUGCUACCGUUGGCUCCUUCUCGAAAUGAAACGCGAGUUUGCGUUUGAAGACUCGCUCCGAAUGUUGGAAGUGUUGUGGAGCUCCUUGCCCCCAUAUCCCCCCGAUAACGAACUGAAACUUUACGAUAUUCAAUUCCAGCCGAUCACGGCUACGCCACCCAUGAGUCCCCUUGUGAAAACGCCUCGCGAAAAUGCAUACACCAAAGUUUGUGCUUUGCGACGUCAAAGUUCGUCGAUUUCGCUCAGUAAUUACACGACGAAAAAAUCGGGAACUGUGAAAAGGCAAAAUCAUAGUCUUGACGAGACGAUUAGUAAAUCACGGAAUAAUAUUGUCGAUAUUAAGUUGAAACACCAAAGUUUGGAUGAUGCUGCCCUCUCGCGGCAAAAAUUGGCGAAAAGUAACGAAACUUGGCCGAAAAACGCCGAAUUGAAAAACGAACUGAGGCCGAGGUCAGUGUCGCCACUUGAAGCCAAGUCUGAUUCUUAUAUUUUAUGCAAUGGUGUUAACAAUACGAAGCGGAAUAGUUUAUCGUCUAGUAUGACAAGUUUGAUUAAAACGACCAAAAAAAGUGGGCAUUUUAAGGACUUGAAGGAUCGGAUAGCUGCGGCUAAGUUGUUUUCGUCUCUUGAACGUCUUGAUAAUUCCAUAAAAGAAGAGAAUGAGACAAAACCCAGGGGGAAAAUGGUUAAGAAUUUGAACGAAUUUCUCAACUUUGCCUCAGUAAAUAAAAAUAAAAUCUCCGAUAAAUUGGUUAGGAUGGGGGCAAGUGUUUGUGAGGUUGAUAAACCGAAAAUCCUUCUCACGAAAUCGAGUUUUGACGAUUCGGAAAGUUCAAGUUUGGAAAAAACACGGCAUUAUUCGUCCACUUCAAACGAUGAUACUUUUGAUGAAUACAGCCCGGAUGAUUCCCAGGAGUAUUUCCCUUUGACCACGUCAGUAACACGAGAAUUGAGACUGGAACUGGAAAAUUUGGACCGGAAAGUGUUCGGUGAUAAGUACAUUGACAGGUUGUCGGAGUCGCCCUCUACCGAGGGAAGCAGCGAAGUGAAAACGGAACGGCUGGAGGAGCUCACAAAACCUGCAGUCCCACAGGAGAAGCGAAAAAGUGACGAUAUUUUCGUGUGGGAAAACCCGCUCCUGUCGAAAACAAGCCCCACUUCGAUGCAGACGCCCGACGAGCAAGCGGAUCUGGAAUACGACAGUGAGAUGCCUACUCUAGUCAACGAAACCUCAGCCACCAAAACAGUGACUCCUAUCAAAGUGAUAACGUCGUCGAAACCGGCGAAGGAAGUGGUUAGGAAAGAAAAGGAGGAGCUUCGGCAUGUUCCACUCCCAGUGAAUGGGGCCCCCAUGACGAAUUCGUGCGAGGAGGUGACGGAAGUUAUCCGACCUUCGUUACUCCCCUCGCCGAAUGAGUUUGGUGGGGGUAACCCGUUUCUUAUGUUUUUAUGUAUAACUGUGCUUUUGCAACACCGCGAACAUAUUAUCAGUAAGGGUAUGGACUAUAACGAGAUGGCAAUGCAUUUUGAUAAAAUGGUGAGGAAACAUGACGUGACACGAGUGUUGAAUCAGGCGAGACAAAUGCAUGCGAGGUAUAUCAAGCAACAUACUAUAGCUCAACAGAAACAGGACUGUUAGAGAGUCGGGUUUUUUUACGCUGUGAUAUUUUUUGGUUGUUGGUUAGUUUGGAUGUUUUAAUGGAUUGUGCCUGGGGUGGAUACUCGCUAGUCUCGUUCCUAUCAGAGUUUUUUUCAAAAAUAUGCAGUAUUAUAAUUAAGUUUACGUUUUUUACAGGGAGAAGGCGAGUCGGACGAAAUUUGUUUUGUGUUAAUGAUUAUGAAGUGACUUCCACAAAGCCAACUAAAUUCAUUCCGACUUUUUAUAAGUUGUAUGUACUGUAAUUUUACAUUACACCAUUCAAAAUGAAAUAAAUUAAAAUUAAUACGUAAAGCACUUUCGAUUUAAAAAUAUGUUACUUUUUAUUUUUCUUUUGUGUUUGUAUUUUUAUAAAUAAAGCUGUGGGUUCUCUUACGUUUAAUAAGUUGGGGAAAGCAAAAGAAAAGUAAAAAGUUGAACAAACUUAUCUGCACAAGUCAGGAGGAUUGUGUUAUAGAAAUCCUUCAGCAAUACGUGAAAAACUUUAAUUACUUGUCAAUUAUGGUUUAAUUGAAUUUGAGUUGAACUUCACGAUGAUAAUAAAAGUAUUAAACGAGAAAA